AUGGAAUUAAAUAACAUCUCUCAGAUUUUGUAUGGCACAGUUGAUCCAAAUAUAGAUGUAAGAACAGAAGCAGAAAAUAAAUUAAAACAAGCAAAAGAAACUAAUAUUGUUCAAUAUAUAAAUCAAUUAUCUAAUGAAUUUUGUAAAGGUCAAAAUGAUCCAUAUCUUAGACAGAUAGCAGGUUUACUUAUAAAAAAUGCAUUUGUUUCUAAAGAUAAUUAUGAAAGUGAAGAAAAAGCAAGAAUAUGGUUAAAUUUCCCUGAAAAUAUAAAAAAUGAUUUAAAAAGUUCAUUAUUAAAUUUAUUGGAUCAACAAGGUGAAAAAAUAGUUAUAGGUACUGCUUGUCAAAUAAUAUCUAUCAUUACUAAAAUUGAAUUAUCAUAUAAUAAAUCUUCCGAAUUAUUACAUAAACUAGUAAAUAAUAUAAUUGAAAAAAAUGCAUAUACUAAAAAGUCAUCAACAAUAUGUUUAGCAUAUUUAACUGAAGAUAUAGCAGAUAUAUGUAAUGAAAGUAAAACAAAAUAUGUAUUUACACAACCUGAUUUAGAUUUAAUAUUAACAGCAAUAAUAAAUUCGCUUUGUGAACCUGCAGAAGAAGCAAUACAUUGUGCAAAUAUGAAAGUAUUAUACAAUUUGAUGUCAUUUAUUGACCAUAAUUUUAAAACACAAGUUGAAAGAGAUAUUAUCAUGAAAACUGUCAUUGAUGGAUGUAAAGAUAAUGAUAGAUUAACAGUUCAAGUAGCUGCUUAUGAAUGUUUAAUAAAUAUAGUAAGUUAUUUUUAUUCUUAUUUAGAUGCAUAUAUGUAUGCAAUAGGACCAUUGACAUGGGAAGCAAUAGAAUCAGAUAAUGAAAGAAUAGCUAUAAGUGCUAUUGAAUUUUGGAAUACUGUUUGUGAAGAAGAAACUUUUAUUGAUCAAUAUGAAUUAGAUGAAGGAAAAAAAAAUCAUAAUAUAGUUAAGCAAGCAAUGGUUUUUUUAUUACCUAAAAUAUUUAAUGCUAUGAUUACACAAGAAUGUGAAGAUCUAGAUAUAGAUGCAUGGACAUUAUCUAUGGCUUCAGCUACAUUUUUAGCAUUAAGUGCACAAUUAUUAAAAAAUGAUAUAGUAGAACCUGUUAUAUCAUUUGUUGAAGAAAAUUUUAUACAUGAAGAUUGGAGACGAAGAGAUGCAGCAGUGUUAGCUUAUGGUUCUAUUAUGGAAGGGCCAGAUACUGAAAAAUUAAAACCAUUAGUUGAAGAAUCUGUUGGUCAAUUAUCUGAAGUUUUAAGAGACCCAUCAGUUUCUGUACGUGAUACAGCAGCAUGGACAAUCGGAAAAAUAACUCAAUACCAUUCCGAAAUUAUUUAUAAUGUGUUAGGAAAUUAUAAUGAUAGUAAUUCAUUAUAUGGUAUAUUAUUAGAAAGAUUGAAUGAUUACCCAAGAGUGGCAGCUAAUGUUUGUUGGGUAUUUAACCAGCUAGCUGUUAAUAAAAGGAGUUCAUAUAAUAAAUUAGAAAAUACAUAUACAACUGAUUUAGAUGAUUCAUUUUGUGUUUUGUGUAAAAAAUUAAUAGAUGUUACAUCUAGAGAAGAUGCAGACACAAGAAAUUUAAGAGAAGCAGCUUUUAAUGCAUUAAAUGUAGUUAUAUUGAAUGUAUCAGAUAAUUGUUUAAAAUAUAUGAUUGAAUUAUUAUCACAUAUGAUGUAUUUAUUAACUAAUACUUAUUUAAAUCCAUUAACAGAAGAAGUAAAAUCUUUACAAGGAUAUUAUUGUGGAACUAUGCAAUUUAUUAUUAACAGAUUAGGUGCUCAAUGUAAGCCUUUUCUUAAGCCUAUAUAUUUAUGCAUAUUUAGAUUAUUUGAAAUUCGAAGUGAUAUAUGUGAAGAUGCAUUAUUAGCAUGUAGUGCAAUUAUAAAUGUAAUGGGAAAUGAUUUUCGAGAACAUCUUAAAACUUUUUUAAAUGUUAUAUUUAAAGGUUUAAAAAAUGUAUCAGAAACUUCAACAUGUAAAAUAUGUAUUGAAAUGAUAUCAGAUAUAUGUAUACCUUGGACUUGUGAUAUGGAAAAAGAAAUGGAAAAUAUUUUAGAAUGUUUAUGGGAAGCUUUAAGAUCUUUUGGGGUUCAUGAUUCCAUAAAAAUUAGUAUAUUAACUGUGUUAGGAGAUAUAGCAACAGCAUUAAAUAAAAGUUUUUCAAAAUAUUUAAAUUUUUUUGCAAAUAUAUUAUUAGAGACAUCAAAAAUUACAAUCGCUUCAGGAUCACCUGAAAAUGAUGAUUGGGUCAAUUAUAUUUUUGAAUUAAGAGAUGCAAUAUUAUUAACAUAUAGUAACAUAAUUUAUGCAUUAAUAGAUGGAAAUGAAAUAAAUAAAUUAAAAAUGUAUAUACCUAACAUAUUAGAUUUUAUUGAAUUAAUAUUAAUAAAAGAAAUUAAUCAUUUUAAUGCUCAAAAUUUUCAAAACUCCGUAUCAUUAUUAGGGGAUUUAGUUCAUGCCUAUGGUUAUGAAUUAAUAGAAAAUUCUAAAUUAACAGAUUUAAUUAUAUCUGUAUAUGGAAAAAUUGAUAUUUUAUCUAGCCAAAGAGAUGAAAAAUGUGAGUCAUGCGUUUCUAAAAUUAAAUGGCUUAAGAAAAUAUGUAACGCUAGACUCGGUCAAAAAUAG